UUGCACAGAGCUAGACAAUUACAUGAAGAAUAAACUGAAUCCUUACAUAAUCAACGUCACCCUAGCAGCCAAAAUGUGUAAUCAAGUGCUUUGCCAGGAGCAGGGAGUAUGUAUAAGGAAACACUGGAAUUCAAGUGACUAUCUUCACCUGAACCCAGAGAAUUUUGCUAUUCAACUUGAGAAAAGUGGAAGAUACACAGUACAAGGGAAACCCACACUUGAAGACCUGCACCAAUUUUCCAACAAAUUUUAUUGCGCUUGUUAUGCCAAUGUCCGUUGUCAGGAGAGAGCUGAUAUGACUGAAAUUCAUACUGUUAAAGUAUGUGUUGCUGGAGAUGUUUGUAUAGAUGCCUUUCUAAACUCAGAACCCAUUGGUCAUCUUUCUAGCUGGAAGGGGAAAUCUGCCACUUCCAGCAAUAUCUUAUCUGCCAUGUCACCUGCCACAGGGUCUCCAUGUGAUCCUGGUAAAGACCUUAGUAGGUGCCUCAAAGCCAGAUUUAUAGUAGAAGCCAACUCCAAAACCCCUCAAGUGGGCUAUUAGAGUGUAUAUAUUCGAAAUAAGAAAC